AUGCUCACUGCAUUUAUUCGACAGACGGCGACGCUUCGCGCUGCUUACUUGCCCCUUGCGGCAGCCUACACAUCGUCAUCAUCAUCGCCAUCCACAUCGAACCCGUCGGCCGUGGUAGCCACUACAGGCAACGCGACUCCCAUAACGGCAACGGGAAUGACGAAUGCAACGGAACGUGUAAGGAGCCUUCCUGGUGCCGUUGUGGGUGGCGGUGUUGGUGCUGGUAACGACACAAUGCCACUAGUGGGCGAUCCGCGUGUGAGCAUUUGGCGGGAUGAGGAGGCCUUGUUGCGAGCGUCGUUGGGGCGGCUGGAGGCAGAGCGGGAAUUGGCGCGGAUGCGUCGACGUUGCGAAGACGAAUUGCAUUCCUUGCGGGAAGGGCUAAAAGUGCGGGAAGGACAAGUAGCACGAAUUGUGCGUCGCGUCAUCACGCGUACUCCCGCAAAAAGUCGACGUGGACGUCAUGCACAUGUCGUGGCUAAUAACAUCAACAGUACGCAUGACACUGCCAUCUCGUGUGUGGAAUCGGGAGGCGAAGAAGUUGUGGCUGCCACGGAUGAGUGUGAAGGGCAUGGGGCGACCGUGAUGACGCAAGAUGAGGCACAUACGGAGGAAAUCUGCAGACCGGCGCAUCCGGGCAGAGCGAACAAGAAGGAAAAGGCCCAUCGCAUCACUCUUGGAAAUGCGGGAGCAUUGGAGGUGGAGGAAUUAGACGGGAAGGGCCGCGUGAAGGAUGGCAACAAUGAGGUCGAGGGGGCAAAUGACGCCGAGCGGUCAGAAGGGUCAAACUCAUUUUCCGGUGAUGACGCAGCGGAUAAUGCGGACGGAGACGGAACCGGAACGACAGUACCAUCCGGGAUGGAGCUGAAAAUGUCGUUGACAGGAACACGACGCGGUGGUCUUGCGGGGGGGACGGUGCAUGUCGGCAGCAACGCCACUGUAACGAGUACCGCGGGGGGAAAGCGUCAGGCCGCCACCGCCAGCACCAACGGGGAGCUCACGAAGGACGCAGUGGGACGGCGUGGAAGGCGGCGGGCAGGAACGACGAAGAAAGGCACUGGCAGCAACAACAACAAAAACAACAGCAGCAGCAGCAGCAGCACCAAGAACAAGAACAAGAAGAGGGAGACGGGACGAAGCCCGGCGAAAAAUAAAAAAGCGGUUGUGAAGACUUUGACAAAGCAGCGCAUCAACUCAAAGGGGCGUACCGUUUCUCACAAUGCGCCUUCCAGCAAGAAGAAGGUGCAGCCUAAGCCGAGAGUGAAGACUGGCCAUCCCACACCGAAAAGGAAGACUUCAUCUUCAAUGAGAAAGCAGCCGAAGAAGCAGGAUCAUAAAAAUAAUAAAAGCAAACAAAGCAGCCUCAACAAAAAGGGUAAUGGUCACACAAAGAAGACAACCAAAACAAGGCAGAGAAAGUAA